AAUCCUUCUCCGCUUUAACGAAUCUAACACAAGGCUUAGCAGGCGACGACAAUGAAGAGGAAGACGAAGAAUCAGAGAUUCAAGACGGCGAUGCGAUACGUUUCUCCAAAACAAUGGGAAUAGAGGGCGUAGCCCGCAUCGACCUGUCACUCCUCACGCAAAAGAUCGUCGGUCUGGUGAUCGACGAGAACGUGACGACCGAGUUCCCGUGGCUGUACGUCCGUAAAGAGAUAAUCGAGGACAACUUGGAUCUACACUCGGAGAGCAGUGAUUUUCUGCCAAUAAAAAAUUAUAUCGAGCGUUAUCCAGCACCGCGAAUGCUAAUGGGUUAUGCGCCAACUACUAAGGAAGACGAGGGUCAGUUUUACAUCUGUCUUACCGAAGAAGCUAGAGAUGCGGUUGCUCGCAUUAUCGAGGCUCGACGAGUCAUGCAGCAGGACAAAGUGCGCAAUGCCGUACUCAAAACAGCCGGACAAUGGAAUCAUCUUGGGAGCGGCGAUUGCGUCAAUUUUAUGACUGUGAACAGGGCCAGGCAGUUAUACGAAAUUCAGGUCGAAAGGUCGGCAAGCCAGCUGAAAGGUCCGAUGGCGCUGUGCGACAGAAAAUCGGACGAUCAGCGAGACAGCUACGUUGAGGUGGUUCCGUAUCGGCAGAGCUUCAGCAAUGUCACGCGAUUGCUCGUGGAUAAAGACACGAAGGUGACACCAGCCCUCGAGGAUAGCCAAGUUCAGACAAUACUUGCGCCACGAGUCAAUUCCUCGUGUCAGUGCCAGUUGGAUGUUGAGCCGACUGCCGAAUUGACUCUCGCUAGCGGCAAGCAGACCAAGACCAUGCUGGAAUCGCUGAAAGUCCGCGUUGACGAUGUCUGCGAACAGGUUCACUCCAAUACCUUGUGGGACGUGUACGCCAACGAUUACGCAAAACUAGCAGCACGAGCCGUCGGUCCGCUCAUAGAGACAAGAGGAUCGACGGAAUACGUCGAGCGGCAGAGCUACUACAAAGGCAAGUCGUGCACGGGUCGCGUGAUCAACGACUUGGCCUGGCAUCCUCUUUGGACGGGAGUUGCUGCGGUUGCCUACACCGAGAUCAGCAAAAGCGAGUAUCUCGUCGGACCGAAACCUUACAAGGAAGUAAUGAAGGAUUUGAACGAAAGUGGCGUCCUGAUUUGGUCGCUCGACGACAGCCUCGGACCGAAAUUGAUUUUGCAAUCCAAGAGACAGGUAUCCGCUGUGUCGUUUCAUCCGCGCAAUGGAAACAUAGUAGUGGGAGGUUGCGCAAACGGUCAAAUUACCAUCUGGGACAUCACGGGUAAGCUAGAGGAAGUGGAAAGGGUCCUGGUGAAGUCACCCGAUCAAGUCAAGUACGAGACGAUUCUGAGAAGUAUGACGACGUGGAUGAAGGAUACGCUGAGCUCCACGAUCGUUAGAGCCACGGUGAGCUCGUGCCUGCAGUACAACCAGAGAGGACAAAUCACAAAGAUCGACUGGUUGUCGCCGUACAAGAAAAUCAACGAGCGCGGCAUACUGGAAGAUCUGCCUGCCGACGCGACGGAGGACACGUUGAGCUCUCAAUUUGUGACUUCGAGUCUGGACGGCAGCGUCGCUUUUUACGACCUAAAUUGAACUUUGUUUGGCAGUUGGCGGCCAGUCGAGGACAAGAAGAAGGAAGCGCAAAAGAAAAAGAGAAAAUCCAUGGAGAAACCCGCGGGUCUUGUACAGUCGACGUCGCCUUACAAAGUGCUCGACAACAUCUUCAAGCCCCUAUACGCUCUCGUCGCGCAGUACGACAACGAGAGCCGCAACGCUGUAGUGACGGCGAUGAGCGUGCGCCGACCAUUGCUACGGAGACGACAAGUGCCACCUUUUCCGCGAAGCGACCAACUUGCCGAGCGAAAGUAUUACGAGACUCUGCUCGAGAGACAGCAGGACGAGGAAUCGAUUCCAAGUAUUAUAAAAUACGUUAGCCUUAGCGUGCUUUCAGUGCACCGUCCACUCGUACGUACGCCAAUCGCCAGACCGGCAGACAGACUUUGCAAGCAAUCACGCGACGCGAGCUGCGGCAGGAACAUGGCGCGCAUCUAUUUAUUAGGUAUUCACGACUCGCAGGCGGAAUUUUCAUCGACUAUGAGGGGCGAGUGCGGCUUAGUCUCCUGGGAAGGCUACGAGUUCUCCACGGGGAUCACUCUCACCAAGGAGAUGUGCAAAUGGACCUGGCGCAAGCAACUGCACGACGGCCCGGUCGUCCACGCAGUCAGAUCGACGCAUCUCAGGGACCUGAUCGUCACGGUCGGCGGUAAGAUUUUCGCCGUCUGGCGCGAGGACUUCGACGAGCCUAUUCUGUGGAGAAGGUCCGAGUCCAGGUACUCCAGCUGCUGUUGGGCAGCUGAGAGGCCGAGCGUUAUCAUAGUUGGUCGUAACGACGGCACCGUCGAGAUCUGGGAUCUGUUCGUUAAAAGCCACGAACCUAGCGCCACUCACGGCCUCAGCGGCAGAAUAAUUACGGGAAUCUAUGCUCACGAGCUGCCACUGAAUCCACAGUGCGUUGCGUUUUGCGAUUAUAAUGGCGCGCUGAGAGUUUUCCUGGCGCCCGCAGUUUCACUGGCGUUCAAGCAAACCGACGCCCAAUGGAUGCGCCAAUUCGUUGACCGAGAAGUUGCGCGGAUCAAAGACUUGAAUGCUUGGCGAGAAGAGUGGCGACGAACGGAGGAGAAAAGCGCGGGGGAUCAAGGAAAAACGGCUCAACAGGACGACUCGAAGAAAGUAUCGGAAGCGGAAGAAAAGUUGAAAGAUGAAGCACUAAAAGCGGAGGCCAAUAGAGAAGCCAAGGCGAGGCAGCGUAAGAACUUGGUGGAGCAAAUGCAGGCGAAAUGGGUGACACGCGAGCUGGGUCGAAUGCAGGUUGCCAUUUUAACGAAAAAGGGCCUGCGAGAGGAGGAGCUGGAGCGCCGAAUCGAGCCGGUGCUGCGAAUGAAACGGGAAGCUCGCGAGAGAGACUCGCGACGCCAGCGAGUUCUCGACAAAGCGCCCGAACUCUUCAAGGACGCGGUGGCCUCUAAUUUCCCUCAGCAGCGUGGCCAGCUGCUCGACACUGAUGACACCGCCGACACCGCCGACGCCGCCCAGCAGGCAGCGCCGCCUCCCACCAGCAGCGCCGACUUAGCCGCCCCGUCGACGGACUUGAUCGCUGCCAUGGACAAAGCAUCUGAUGAGGACAUUAUUCGCGAGUACGAGAAACUCGAAUCCGAGACGUUGGCCAAAAUACGCCAGCGUCAAAAGCUCGACGAGCGACGAGAACUUGACUUCAACUGGCGUAAACUCAUAGCCGAGAGUAUUAAGCAACGCCGAUCAAUGGAUGUUAAUCUGGAGGCACGCCAACUAAAGACAACUCACCAGCCCGAGGACUAUGAUUUGUCGUUGAGCACCAGUCUUGAGAGCUUCCAGUCUCGUCGAUAA